UACACGCUGCAGCCGUUGUCGCCACCGACGUCGUCUACUCCGCCUUCACCAUUUCAGCGUAGUAAUUCACACGCCAAGAUGGAGCAUUCACCAUACUCGCAAAGUCCGAGUCCAUCAUCGUCAUUAGUAAACUUUCCAACACCCACAAACUUACCAGAUAUCAGAUUACACAGACCAUUUAGUCAGAUGCACGACCUCAAGCACCUACACAUUCCGUUCAAUAUGAGGUUCAUGGAAAAUUACCCGGCGCUGCCCGCGCACCUGCUGCAUCAUCUGCAACCGCCGUUCUUGCAUCCGGCGCUGGACCCACGGCUAUCGUUUUCGCCGGCGGGUGUGUUCCAACCGCUUGGCUCGCCGAGUCCGCAUCACCAACACCCGCACCACCAACAUCACUCGCACCACGCGGCCGCUGCGGCCGCGGCCAGUCUCAAAGGGUUCACUUCGGCGUUCGCGCCACCGUCCAAAUGCUACAAGAUUGACGACAAACAGACAUCGCACGCCGAAGGAGCUGCGCAACAACAGCAGCAGUCGGGUUCGCACCAACAGCAUCAUCAACAACAACAACAACAACAACAACAACAACAGCAGCACCAGCAGCAGCAGCAGCAGCAGCAGCAGCAACAGCAACACCAGCAGCAAUCGGUGCCUCCGUCGUUUCCGUAUCCGCCCAGAAGGAGUCCUUGUUCACCGGGUAAUAUGCCCGUAUCGCCGCCGACGUCCAACGCCACCGCGACAAUGCACCAGCAACACAAGGACGAGUGCUCGGACAGAGACACACCGAGUUCCGGCGCGAUUUCCGAAGACGGCAGGAUGAUCAGAAGGAAGAAAUUGUCGCCGCCCAUGACGACGUCGGCGGCCGGGACACCGACGCCGGCGGCCAACGGCGGUGCCGGCUCGGCGACGGCCACCGCGACGACGGCCGCCAACGCCGCCGCGGCCGCGGUCAACAACAACAACAAUCACAACAACAACAACAACAACGGGUCGUCGAUCAAACAGCAACAGCAACAGCAGUCGUCGGCGGCCGGCGGCCAGCAGCUACAGAUGUCCGCGGCCGCGGCGGGCUGCUGUCCCGUGUGCGGGACGGCGCUCCGCACGGCCCACGAGCUCGAGUCGCACUUCAUCUGGGAACUGGAAAUGGCUGCGGCCAAGCAAAGGCAAUACUUGCAAUCAUCGUUAGUAGAAAGAAUGUUUGAAAUACCAUUAGCAGCUAGGUCGGCCAAUCAUUAUAAUGCAUCUUAUAGUAUUGGUCUGAAUUGUCUUAGACGGCGUCGGUUGUCGCCGGUGGCCGGCGGCAGCAGCAGGGACGCGACACUGCACGGCCGAUGGGAGACUUAUCAAAAAGUCAAGGCCAACCGACACAACCGGUUGAGGAUCAAAAAUCGAAAACGGAAACCCGACGAGAUGCUGCUGACACCGACACCGACAACUUGCUGCUGUCCAGUUUGUAAUGAGCCCGUGGCCGCGGCCACUCAAGAGCAGAUGAACGCUCACGUGGAAAUGUGCCUGAGGAACAAAGGACACCCAGCAGUGGCGACCGCGGGUAACGACGACGAAGACGAGAACGUGGACGUGGAAGGCGAUACCGAGACGACGAUGUACGACAUCGUAUACGGCGGUGGCAAUAGCGGAUGGCACGGCCAACAGCCGCACAACAGGAUGAGACAGCAGGCGAUGCUCAUGCACGGUGGCGGAUACAACAGAGGUGCUGCAGCCGCGGCGAUUAACUGUUCCGGUGCCGGAAAUCCGGCUCAGCAGCCGCCGUCUAGACAGUCGGCGACCGGUGGCGAAGAUUCGGUUGGCGGUGCCGAAGACGCGGUCUUGGUGGUCGACGACAACGACAACGAAAACGGAGGCAGCAGCAGCGGCAGCUUAUACAACAAGUACGGCCCUAACCAGUACGCCGAACGGGACGUAAUCGUCCCGUCACGUCCUCCUACCGCUUCUUCGGAGAGUCGCCGACUUUCACCCGCCGAGCUGAACGAUCCGAACGCUAUGGAUGCAAUGGACUCGUGCGAAAACGUCGGGCCGCUGGACGUGUCAAUCAAAAAGGAAAACACGCAAGACGAAGGGACUGUGAAACCCAAAAUGGACGUUGAUAAGUAUUGCGCACAGUUCAACAACAACGGUCAGGUCGUCGAAGCGCUUAAGGCUCGGAUCCGGGAACUGGAGUCCGCUUCCAAGACCGGCAGCGACAAGUUCACUUGUCUAUUGUGCAAAGGAAAUUUUAAAGACCCCGUGGUGUCGACGUCGUGCUGGCACGUGUACUGUGAAGUGUGCUGGCUACAAAUACUGGGUGCUAAAAAGCUGUGUCCGCAGUGUUACGUGAUAACGCUUCCGUCCAACUUGCGUCGCGUUUACCUGUAAACCGGCCGAGAAGCUCUUCAGCUGCAACACGCGUCAACACGGCGUGGAACACAGCCAAAAUUGUCACCGCGGGCCAUCGCAUAUAAUGUUUAUUUGUAAAUUAUUUAAUCGUAAUUUUUAUUUUUCCUGGUUUGCCGCGCGUUUUUUCAUUCAGAUUUCGUUUCCAAAUUUAUUAUUGUACAAACCUUUUCGCCACGACGUACGACACAUUUGCAUAUAAUAUGUACAAUGCACCUAUAUACUAUACACCCACAUUAUAUCCUAUAUAUCUAUAUCUAUAUAUAUAUAUAUAUAUACAUGCACGCAACGCGUUACGUUAGGUCGUACGUCGUCGCCACAUAGCGUACAAUGGUACCAAUGUAUCAAUGUAUGUAUAUAAUAUAAUAUGCAGUGUAUAUGCAAUAUAUACUCGUUUUCAGUUUACCGCGAUUCAAUAUUACGGACAUAUCAAUAAUAUACAAUGCUAUAAUAUGUACAUUGUACACAAUUCGGUCUGCCGAGACCAAAUAUACGCACAUACAUAUAUAUAUAUAUAUAUAUAUAUAUAAAUGCACAAAAUUAUUAUUUGUACAUAGGUACCUAUCUAUAUAUACUAUUAUUGUAUGACCUACUCACGCGCAACCAUUUCCGCCCCGGCGUGUUUACACACCAGCUCUUUAUAGUUCAAUAGAUAAACCCCACUCGCGCGCUCGAUGGUGUCGCACGAACGACAAUGUCAGUCAUUAAAACAAAUACGCUCGCUGACGCGUUGUAAAUAAUAUUUCUACGUCGCUAUAUAAUAAUAUUAAACUGUACUAUGUAUAAUAGCCCAAUGACGGUCUGACCCACCUGCUGCAGUAUUCGGAACUCGAGGUCGUAGGGUGCGUCGCACACUCCCUAUCCUAGCCACCCGGCUGCGAUACUGAACUUUACACACGUCUCGAUAUAAUACUAUAAAUACCUACUAUAUACACGAAGAGACGAAGCAAUAUCAAAAAGUCUGAAACGCCUCCCACCGUUCGACCCUUAUCGACAGUUUUAUCGCUGCAGGGUCAUAUAUAAUAUAUUCGACAGCCGAUUGCCCCCUCCCCCCAGUUAAAAACACAUCCUUUGACGUACGCAUGUGUGGGUGUGCGUGAGUGAGUAGUUAUAUUCACCGGCACGUGUGUUAAAAAUUAUGUACAUUAUUUAUGAUAUUAUAACGAUAAUUAUAUACUUACGUUAUGUUUUUUUUUUCUUAUUAUUAGUGAAAGUAGAUGUUUAAUAUUAUUAUAUUUAUAACCUAGGGAUAAUCUCGCUUUGUCAUUUGAUGUUAGCAAAAAAAAUAAAAAAAUAAAAAAAUAAAAAUAAAAAAAGUAAAGUAAAAACGUCAUCAUAUAUUAUGUGCUAUGACUGCGCGAAUCUUCAUUAGUCUUAUUGGAAAUAAUAAGUUUAUAUACAUUUCAA